UGAAGGAAGAUGGCUGCUCCCUGUGUGUAUUUUGUUGCGACUUUUGUUGUGUUUAUGUUCUUAGCUCUGUCCGAAAUUUUAGCCGAAAAUCGGCAGAUAAUUGUCCCAGAAGAUAACACACGUUGGGAAGAAUCUAAUGGAGUAGAAUAUGAGCCCCACUCGCCGCUCAUACGAUGCGAAUACGUGCCACCUGAGUAUGUUGAAUGCGACGCUCCAAAAGAUUUAAGUUCAGAAAGUAUCAAUACCACAAAGAAACAGGAUGACAUUGGAUGCACAAAGGAGAUGUAUGGUAAACAGCAACACGGCCAAGUACCAACAACAUCAGUGAACUGCACAGUACUUCCUGGGAUUGCUUGCUACGGCAGUAGGACAUUUGUCAAAGACAAUGUGCCAUGUAUUAAAUACAACGGCCAUUAUUUUGUGACAACUCUCCUCUUAUCGGUACUGCUUGGAUUCCUCGGAGUGGACAGAUUUUGCCUCGGUCAUGUCGGCAUGGCUGUUGGGAAGCUACUGACCCUCGGUGGGUUAGGGGUCUGGUGGAUAUUAGACAUUGUACUCCUGUGUACGGGUAAUACCAUGCCAUAUGAUGGCAGCAACUGGUGCCCUAAUUAUUAAACAGAUCAGCCAGGGAGCGGAAGACCAGAUACUAGACAUUGUACUCCUGUUUACGGGUAACCAUGCCCUGUGAUGGCAGUAACUGGUGCUCUAAUUAUUAAACAGAUCAGCCAGGGAGCGGAAGACCAGGUUCUAGACAUUGUACUCCUGUUUACGGGUAACCAUGUCAUAUGAUGGCAGCAACUGGUGCCCUAAUUAUUAAACAGAUCAGCCAGGCAGCGGAAGACCAGAUACUAGACAUUGUACUCCUGUGUACGGGUAACACCAUACCCUACGAUGGCAGCAAAUGGUGCCCUAAUUAUUAAACAGUUCAGACAGGGAGCGGAAGACCAGAUACUAGACUCUGAGCUUACCCAUGAGGGGUAUCAAUGCUACGCCAGUUCUGUGUCAACAAAGUGUGGAAGGAACAUUCAUUUGACUGUAAAGACUCGCGGGCGCAGGGAAUGGGGCAUUGGUGAAACAAUGAACCAACUGUGCUGUUGCUUCAAAGCUACGCCAGUUCUGUGUCAGCAAAGUGUGGAAGGAAUAUUUAUUUGAAUAUAACGACACAGAGGGCACAAGGGUUUUGGCGUAAAGGUCAAAUGUUGAAAUGUUGAACCAAUAGAGCUGUUGCUUGUAACGAACCCAUUGUGCAACUUUGAGAUAUUUCGCAGUACUACCAUAGAUCCUUCGGCGUCGGCAGCACGCAGGUUUAAACCUGCAUCUCUGUGGUGUUUUGUGUGGUUGCCAUAACCUCAUUUGUUGGAGAUUCCUGUGAUUAGUCCUUCAAUGCUGGGUGUAUUUGUGUCCCAGUUAUGGCAGGCCAACAUUGGUACUGACUGGGCACACUAUGCCAAAAGAAUUAAUCAGUUAAUUUCUAAACAGGGAAUCUUAUAACACAUACAUGUAUACACAUAGAGUUUAAUCCAUCCAGUAACUGAUAUCGGAAAUCUUACAAAACAUACACACAUAGAGUUAAACCCAUUAAGUAAAUGGUAUUGGGUGGCAUCUACCAAAGGGCAGGCUUCUUU